AUGGCAGACCCCACAAAUACGCCGUCUGAUGGUGAUCCUCCGCAGCAUAGAAAGACGGGUGUUGCAGCUGCUGCUAAAAACAUUGUUAUGCCUAAUGUGGAUGAUGAUGAUGACUUUGAGCCACCCAAAAAGAAGUGCAAUAUCUCAAUGGAUGCCCCAAAUAAGACGCAAAAGCUAGACCCCAGGGACAUGACUCUUCGUAUUGGUCCAGACAAAGAACUCAAAAUCACCAAGCAGACUGUCCAUCAGAUAUUGGGUCUUCCAAAUUUGGGUGGUGGAAAGCCCCUUAAUAUUAAUGAAGCGAACGCUGCGGCAACACUUCGGGCCUCAUUGAAUAUUAGCAAGGAUGAGUUUGUUAUUUCAAAGCUCCAAGACAGAUUGAGGCUAGGCCAGGAUGAUGAUCUGUCUAUCAGAUGUUUUUUUCUCAUUCUCUUCAACCGACUGCUAUUCCCAACAGCUAGCUGGUCUAUUUCUUUCAAUGAGGUUGUACUUAUAGAAGAAAUGGAGCGAUUCCCUCAAAUUGAUUGGUGCCAUCUAAUUUUUAGUGACUUAUGUGAGGCUGCCCAGAGAUGGCACAACAGGAGCAUUAACAAUGUGUCGGCGACGAUAUAUGGUUGUUCCAUCAUUGUUCUUCUGUAUUAUUUGGAUCAUUUGCAUCAUGCUGCUGCUCCAAACAACAAAAAUGGCACUCCACGCAUAAAGUAUUUUAAUAAGAAUAUUAUAAGGGCGUUGUCAAUGGCCGAUAAGCGGAAGCCUCGCCAGGGUGGUGAACCAUUUGGUGUUUGCCCUUUUCGUAGCAGCAGUGAGACAUGUUACGUCUCAAAAUCGCCAACUACUUGCCAGAUUGAGUUUCCUAUGAGGCCAGAAACUUUUGAUGAAGACCCAAAUCAACAUGAUCGACUUCCCAAUAUAAUCAUCCAACUCCCUCUUAUGCAAGACUUGAUGGCAAAUAAGAUUCAGAUGCUUCCUGCACAUCAACGCCAGAAGUUCCAAGCUACGUUGAUUGAUUAUGACUUAGAGGUUGGCAAAAUAUUUGUCUCUAUCAAGCAAUGUUUGAAUACUAUUGGUACAAAGCAGUCCAAUCUAGCUCCUACAUUUGGAGAAUUGAUUGAUGAGGUUCUUCGGGCCGAUAAAUCUGUUACACCAAAUAUUCAAGGUCAGACAGUUGUAGGUGGCACAGUUGAAAAUGAUUCUGGACCAGUAUUUGACAAGACUCCUAUUGGGAGUGUUUCUGCACCAGAAAUAUAA